AUGGCAUUGGUCCUAUCGCCCCUCGGAUGGGCAUGUUACAAUGCCUCCUCAGUAUUCACCAAUGCUUUCUUACCCAUCUAUGUCCGCGUCCACCCAAAGGUUCUGGAGGCCCAAGAUCGAGUUGAGGCACACUUGACCCUGCAGGAAAUGGAUGAAAAGAACAAGGAUUCUUUCCACGCCAACCACAGGAUGAGUGCUAAUUUUUACCCGUGCGGAACCACAUUGACCAACCCUACAGGAACCAACUACUCGGUCUUGGUGAAAGAGCAGCGCAAGGUCGAGGAGCAGGUGUCGAAUGAUCUGUCGGCUUGGUGUGCAGGCGCUGGGAUUGUUGGGACUGUGAUUGUGCAGGGGUUUUGUAUUGGGAUUUCGGUGGGGAUGAAGGAGUCGUUGUUGAGUCUGCAGAUCGCGAUUGCGUUUACGGGAGUCUGGUGGUUGGCUUGGACGAUGGCUGUCUUGCCCUGGCUCAAUGCCAGACCUGGACCGCCCUUGCCUGAGGGUCAAAACUGGAUUGCCUAUUCCUGGAGCAAAAAUUUCAAGACGAUCAAGGCAAUGCGACAGCUCUCUCAGAUCACAAAAUUCAUCCUCGCAUGGUUUCUCCUCUCCGACGGGAUCAACACAGUAACAGCCCUCCUCUACGUCAUCACCUACCAAGAGCUCAAGUUCACACACACAGAGUCCCUCAUGAUGACCAUCGCCCUCUCCUCCGUCAGCUUCUUUGGGACUUAUCUCUUCCUGAUAAUCCGGCGGUUCUGGAAACUAUCGACAAAGUUCAUGGCCAUGUUGACUCUUGGAUUGUAUACGGCCUUGACGGCUUAUUUUAUUAUCAUGCCGUAUUUCUCGACGGUUUAUGGGUUGCGUCAGGAUUGGGAGGUAUGGGUGUCAGUUGUCUAUUUGGGGUUGAUUAUUAGUACCUUUUUUGGUGUUGCCAAGGUCAUGAUGGCGGAGCUGUGUCCGGAGGGCGAGGAGAACGAGUGGUUCAGCCUCUUCCAACUCGCCGACAAGGGAUCUUCUUGGAUCGGGCCGUUUGCGACGGGUGCUAUUCAGGCAGUGACAGGAGAGUUUCGACCAGGGUUCUGGUUUCCAUUCGCGUUGUUUGUCGUUGGUGGGGCGAUACUCUUCACGGUGGAUAUGAACAAGGGCAAGGAUGAGGCUGUACGAUACACAGCAGAUCAGGAAGCAAAACGACGGCUUUUGGCGUCCAUCCCGCCCAUUACUAUCACUACUGCUGGAGAGGGCCCCUUCUUGGCCAGGAGUGUCUUUUUGGACUUGUGA